AUGAACGUUGACGUGGAUGAGGCCGAUGUGGCCGUUCUCACGCAAAACCUAGCUAAAUCGAAGGACCUUUUCAAUGACAUCACCAAGCGUCUCCAUUCAAUUUCCACAAAAACGUCCCUGGCGUCCACCUCCAUCAAACCUGUGUUAACUGAGUUCAAUACACUUACAUCCAAAAAGCGCUCUGUGGAGGAGGGAUUGCUGCUUCUAAAGGGCGUUUCUUCUUACGCUAGCCGUGCGGCCGAAUCACAGCGGCUUUUGACGAGUCCCAUUGAAACUGUGGGUACGACAAGGUACCUCCAGUGUUUGCUGGAUUCUUCUGAUUUGGUACGCGAAAUGAAGCGGGAAAUCCACCAUUUCGACAAUGUGGUGGUCACUUUUGCCAAUGUCGUCGAUAAAGCCGAGCUCAAUGUUGUGACACACUUCACCAAGUUGGUUUCCUCUGUCGGAUUGGGAGGUGCUAAUGUGCCCAAACAUGCUGAUAUCAAGACAGUGCUCACAUACUUUGCCAGCAAGGGCAAUCUCAGAAUGGCCCACGAGGCGAUGGAGAAGGCGUUUGCUCGUCAGCUCACCCAGAAAAUGGCGCCUUUCGAGGACAAUUGUGUGUUUCAGAAAAGAGCUGCAAACAUGCCGUACGAAAGAGGAAGCAACGGCGUGGCCUCGUACGUUGAGGAGCUAAAAAACGCUGUAUCCACUCUUCAAGGUGUUGCUACAGAGCUCCUGGUUUCUGACACCCCGGUCACCAGAAACACCGUGGCUCAGUACAUGGACGACAGGGUCGCCAAAAUCCUCAGUCUCUAUUGCACCUUUUUGGAGCUGAGCGGAGUCACGGGCCAGGAUCUUGUUAUUCUUGACGUUUUAGAUAACAUUGCUGAUUUGGACAAUCACAUCGGAAAGGUUGCAAAUUGCAACUUGGGCGUGUGUCUGGUAGCUAACAAGGAAUACCACCGUCUUCUCAACACCGCCCAAGGCUUGCUCGCAGAAUGGGUCAAAUACGUCGACAGCAGGGUGCAUGCAAUGGACAAGUUGACCGACGGCAAUAUUCCAGAAGUGGUGGUGGAAGUUUUGUCCAAAAUAAGGCGUGUCACAGAGUACGAUUCUUUGGCGCUUUUGCUCCAGGACAUGAAGCUUGGGUCUUGGCUCGAUGUCAAGCCGCCUUUACAAUUCAUUUCAGUCUACACUUCGGUGAUCCCCGGUGCUGAAGGCGAUGCUCCAGAUCGUCAAGCCUUCUUGGUUUCGUCCUACAUUCUGGACCUCUUGGACGAGCUCAUGAUUGAUCUUGAGAUACGCCUCAAAGACCAAUCUGGUGACAAUGGUCUCCGGAAGCUGACACAGGGUUUCAUGCUUGUGAGGAACGUUGUAAUGAUCGAAACCAUCAUAAACCGACUGGAAGGAUUGUACACCAAGCUUGGGGUCAUUGGUCAAGAGCGUCUUCAGCGUUUGAAAAACCGUUUCCUCAAGCUCUUCUUGGACGACUGGAAUUACGCCUCGUACAUCAUCAUCAGGGACAUGACACAAAUCACAACCAUCAACGCCCAACACGGCGGCCAAAACAGUAACAAGGAGCGCGAGCAAGUCAAGGAGCUCUUCAAGAACUUCAACGAGCUGUUUGAAGAAGCACUCAAGAACUACGAGAAAUUCAACAUUCAAGAAAGGGACUUGCGGGCUUAUCUCUCCAGCGAGAUCAAAAAGCUCAUUAUCAAUGCAUACAACAAGUUGUACGAUAAGUAUGGCAGUGGAGAGUUUACCAAGAACCGAGGGAAAUACAUCAAGUACGACAAGGCCCAGUUUGAGCGAAUCUUGAACGAGCGGCUUUAG